GAGUUCCUGCAAAAACUUUGUUCCCCCUCACAUAGGGAGAACACAUGUUGGAGUCCUAAACAGGCAGGAAAGAGAGAGCACAAAGACACAGCUCUCAAACUGGACAUUUUUUCCUUGGUUGGAUUAUUUUUCUUAAACCAUAAAUCCUUCGACACAUACACUGUGUCAAAGUAUUGCAUGAGAGUUUAGGUGUGAGUUGACUUCUCACAGACAUGGAAUCAUAUUGUGCUAUGACGUCUUAUCUUCUGGUUUUCCUGAUUUCAUUUCAUCUCAACUGUCACCUGCUUGUCUGGGCAGCGAUGGACUCCUGCUAUGACGAGGAGGGCGUCCCAAGCCGCUGCAUGCCCAAGUUUGAAAACAUUGCCUUUAACCGCACCGUGGAAGUGUCAAACGUGUGCGGGUCUCCACCCGAGGAAUUCUGCAUGCAGACAGGCUCAACGCGCUCAUGCCACUUAUGCAAUGCAUUAGACCCAGAACUGAGCCACAACUCCAGCCUUCUGACAGACUUCCACAGGAAUGAUGAGCCCACAUGGUGGCAGAGCCAGUCCAUGUUCUAUGGUGUCCAGUACCCCAAUUCUGUCAACAUCACCCUGCAUCUUGGAAAGGCCUUUGAGAUAACCUACGUCCGAUUGAAAUUCUACACUAGUCGACCGGAAAGCUUUGCCAUCUUCAAGCGCACUGAGGAGAAUGGACCCUGGUUGCCAUACCAGUAUUAUAGUGCAUCAUGUGACAAAACCUAUGGGAAGGAUGUCAAGGCCUUCAUCCAUCCGGGAGAUGAUGAGAGGACCUCCUUAUGUACAGAUGAAUUCAGUGACAUCUCCCCACUCAGUGGAGGAAAUGUGGCUUUCUCCACCCUGGAGGGACGACCCAGUGCGUACAACUUCGACCAAAGCUUGGUGUUGCAGGAAUGGGUGACAGCUUCUGACCUGAUCAUCUCAUUGGACAGGAUUAACACAUUUGGUGACGAGUUCUUCAAGGAUGCGAAAGUCUUGCGCUCGUACUUCUAUGCUAUCUCUGAUUUCUCUGUUGGUGGCAGGUGUAAGUGUAACGGUCACGCCAGUGAGUGUGUGGAAGGGGAACACGGGGCCUUGGUUUGUUCCUGCCAGCAUCACACAGAGGGAGCUGACUGCCAGAGGUGUCACCCAUUUUACCAGGACAGACCCUGGGCCAGGGCGACUGGGGACUCUGCCAACGAAUGUCUGAAAUGCAACUGCAGCGGCAGAUCGGACGAGUGCGUGUUUGACACGGAGCAGUACCGCAGCACAGGCAGUGGGGGGCGGUGCACGAACUGCAGGGACAACACUGACGGACCCCACUGUGAACGCUGCCUGGAGAAUCACUACAGGAAAUCCUCCUCCGACGUCUGCCUUCCCUGCAACUGCAACGUCAAAGGCUCGGCGAGUCUUCAGUGUGACGACGAAGGAAAGUGUCCGUGUCGUUUGGGUGUCACCGGGGAAAAGUGUGACACUUGUCAGGCCGGCUUUCACUCCCUUGAUCAGGGAGGCUGCAGACCAUGUGAUUGCUACUCCGGUGGAUCUGUAGGCGACUGCUCCCCUCUGGACGGACGAUGUGACUGCAAGGCAAAUGUGGAGGGACAAAGAUGCGACAGAUGCAAACCAGGAUUUUUCAACCUGGGAGAAGAAAACCCAGCAGGUUGCCAGCCUUGUUUCUGCUUCGGCCACUCUGUCGCCUGCACUUCAGCCAGCCUCUAUUCUGCUACCAACAUUACCUCUGACUUUUAUGAAGAUCAGGACGGCUGGGUGGGAGGGUUCUCUGAGGGGCAAGAGUACCCCCUGCUGUGGAAGGAAGGUGAAGUUUACCUUCUGCCUCUGAGUGAAGAGGAUGUCGGCUUCUACAAAGCUCCUGAGAUAUUCCUAGGUCACCUAGCCUACAGCUAUGGUCAGCUCCUCUCCAUCACCUUCACCUCGGAAACUUCAGAGCUGCUUCCCGACAACGUUGCCGUGAUCCUUCAAGGCCCUGGGACCGCCCUGUCAGCUGACCUUUCACCACAACUGGUGCCCGAACACGACCCUGACCUCCUUCCAAGGCACACCUUCAGCAUCAGACUUCAUGAAAAUGACAGAAGAUUCCAACCAUCGCUGACGGCCUUUGACUUUCAACGUCUACUUCACAACCUGACAGCCUUUAGAAUCAGCAACGCUGGAGGACACAACUAUACAUCACAGCUAACAAAAGUGUCCCUGACCUCCGCCUCGCUCUCCUCUGACCUGGCCAGCCCUCCGGCCCCGUGGGUGGAAACUUGUUCCUGUCCCCCGGGAUUUGCGGGGCAGUUCUGCGAACAGUGUGCACCAGGAUUCACAAGGGAAGAGCCUGGGAAUGGACCUCUGUCAAAAUGUGUGCCAUGCAUUUGCCACCGGCAUGGAACCUGCCACCAAGAGACAGGUGUGUGUUUGUGCUCAGACUUCACCGUUGGGAGGAACUGCGAACGCUGCCUGGACGGUUACUAUGGCAACGCUUUGAUUGGCACGCCCGGUGAUUGUCAGCCUUGUCCUUGUCCCCACCAAAGCAGCUGUGCUCAAAUUUCGGAGACAGGACAGGUGGCGUGUACCAAUUGUCCCCCGGGACAGACAGGAACACGCUGUCAGAUGUGCGAAGACGGUUACUAUGGAGAUCCUCUGGGACACCGCGGGGGGGCUCGACCGUGUGUGACGUGUGACUGCAACGGCAACGUGGACUUCAAUGCGGUGGGAAUAUGUGACCGCGUCACUGGUCAAUGUCUGAAAUGUCUGGGACACACAGAGGGCGACCACUGCCAACGCUGCCAGAAAGGUUUCUAUGGAGAUGCUCAGAGUCAGACGGCAGGCCAGAAGUGCAAGUCCUGUGACUGCAGCCCUGCAGGAACAUCAGGACAGGUGAAUGAAUGCCACCCCCAGACUGGAACAUGUCCGUGCCUCAGUCACGUGACUGGUCGCGAUUGCAGUUAUUGUGAAGUUGGCUUCUUCAACCUCCGAGCGGGAGUAGGAUGUGAGAGGUGCAAGUGUAAUCCUAUAGGUUCUCAAUCCAUGGCCUGUCAUCCCGUCACGGGCCAGUGCAUGUGUCGUACAGGAGUGGAGGGAAGACUUUGUGACAUUUGUAGGAUGGGAUUCUUUGGAUUCUCAUCUCAGGGUUGCAGAGCCUGUAACUGUGACCCGAUGGGCUCCAUCACCAUGCAGUGUCACAGUAAUGGUACCUGCCAAUGUCGCCCGGGCUUUGUUGGUUACAAAUGUGACCAGUGUGAGUUGAAUUAUUACCAUAGCAGGGACACGUAUCAGUGUGAGGAAUGUCCAGUUUGCUACGGCCUCGUCAUGAAACAGGCAGAGCGGCUGAGGAGUCGUCUGCAGGAUUUGGAGAAGCUCCUGGCUCAGUUUGAUUGCCGGAGCAGAUUUGGGAAGCAGCACCACCUGAGCAAGAAUCACAUGACCAAGGUUUAUGAGCACGAACACCAAAGGGAAGAUGCCCUGCCCAACGCUCUGGAGGAUUUCCUGGCCUUCCAAGAAGCCAGAGAGGCCUUCAUAAAGCAGUUUUCCUUCCUGGAGGAUUCCACUGGCAGGCUCUCGGCUCAGCUGCACGACGUUGCCUCUGCUUUGAACUGCAGCAUCAGCACGGCAGAGGAAGAGGAGCCGGAGAACGGGGAAGAUGAAGGAAGCAGGGCUGUGUGUCAAACCUUUACAGACGCAGCGCUUAUGAUGAGAGCCUCUCAGAAGCAGCUGAAACAGGCAACGGUGGAGCUGGACGCCAUGAUAAUCCCCUUCGUCCUGCUGUCAGGACCAAACAAAUGGAACAUAAUGGUCAACGAGUCCCAGGUUCUAAUGGAAAGACACAGAGAAACAGCAGACCACAUUGAGGCCGUAGCCAGCAGGGCUGUAGGCGCCUCAAAGCAGACCUUUGCUUUGUUGAUGGAUCUGCUGCAGGACAACUCCACUGAGGAGUACAUCAGGAACCUAACAGAGCAGAUAAGCCACCUGCAGGAGCAGAGGUGGAAUCUGACAGCACAGGUGAAUGAGACCGUAGGCCGACACCGGGCCCUGGAGAAGACGGCUGCUGGUCUACAGCUGGUCCUGACUAACAUCACAUCAUCCUUACAUCCUCAGCUGGACCUGACAAACGCCAGCCUUUCAGCCGGGCCUGGUCAAACACACCUCGACCAGACGCAAACAGCCAACACAACAACAGAGUGGGUUGAGAAUUUGCUGCAGCAGACUGAAGAACUGGACCAAGAAAUCCAGACCAAAGAUGAUCGGAUCAGUAAAGUGAGGGACGAGGUGGAGACUCUGAAUCAGACUGUGAAUAAAAAGCUGGAAGGAAUGGGUGACAUUCAUCAGCUCCAGGCUCAGACCCAAGACUCUACGGUCUUAGCGUUGUCAUCUGUGGUGUCUGGAAAAAAGGUGGAAUCAGAAGCUAUUUCUCUUCACAGGGAGCUGGAACACAUGAGCAGAGAGUGGCCUCAGCGACAGGCUCAGACCAAGGCUGCCAUGAAGAAAGAGAGACCGCUGAGGGAAAAAGUCUUGGCUGAUGUCAGGAAGAAAGUUGGGCAGAUACAGAAGAUGCUAACACCUGCUCAGGAAGACUCCAGCCUGUCCAGCAACAUCACCAGAGAGGCGGAGAAAUCCACACAGGCUGCGGCAAAGGAAUCCAAAUCCAUCCUGAGCCAGGCCAAACACACCAGGACGGCCUCCGCUCACCUCACCUCCCAGAUCGACUCUGUUUUACAAGAGCUCGCCGAACAUGAGAUGCUAACUGACAAAGCAAAGUCCCAAAUCCCCUCUGAGGCUGAGGUGUCCCUGGGCGCCGUAAAGGAAAACAUGGAGUCGGCCAAGCUGCAGUUGGAGGCCUAUUCUGCCACUCUGACUGACCUCAUCAGGAAGAUCGAGAAGAGCCUUCCUCUGGUGCGCUUCGACCGCGUCUUGAAGGAGACAGAGCGUCGCCUCGGCAUGCUCCGCGGGAGCGUGGAGAGUCCGACGCUGAGCUCCAAGAUCAAGAAGCUGCAGUCGGCCGCAAAGGAGCAGCAGAGCCGACUGUCUGUGAUCGAACAAGACAUACAGGAGAUCAGUGAGGAGAGAGACAGUCUCAGGGAUAUUACUUUAAACUUGCCUCAGUCUUGCCCCCUGGCUGCUGAAACAGGCAAGGGGUAAAUGUGGUAGAUGGUGAAGAUUUCGUCAUUAACAAGACAGGCGAGAAAAAAGUCAGGGAGGAUGUUAAUCAAAGUGUCCGCGGUCAAUUUUUUAUUCAUACCCGUCAGGUCUCUGCUAUUCUACUCAAUACUUUUUUUUUUUCACCCUCAGAUGCAAUUUAGCAAAAACACACUCUUCUCCAACAGCGGUAGACUUUUUCCAAAGAUUUAUUUUUUCAUCCUCUCUGUUCACAAACAACGUUCAAACUUUAAUUUCACCACCAAUAAUAGGCAGCCGUGCCUGCUGAUGAUGGAGUGCACCGUCAGCUUUGAAAUAAUGACGAGGAUUUGUCCCUUCUUCUUUUGUGCGGGUUGAAGGUGUGUCUGAGCGCUCCUUCACACUGACACAUCCAUUUACACUGGUGCUCCUUUUCAUCAGCCUGGCAAAUUAACAAUGACUCCUGGUGGUCACAGUCGGGUUCAGACCUGACAUCAGCAGGGUUCAGGAUCCUGUCUUAUCUCCGCAGCCUUACCUGUCUGUGUGUGUGUCUGGUGUGUGUGUGUGUGUUUGCACUUUCUCUUUAUUUCUCUCUGUCGAACGCCCAAACCUCUCGUCAAGAUUCAAAAGUCACAAUUACAACAUUUUGGUUUCAAUUAAAGCUUAAU